UGACUGUAAAUGUGUAAUAUAUUAUUUCAUCCGUUGUUCAGACAGAUGAGUGAGCGAAAUCAGAUUAGACAGCCCGGUUACAAACAGUCAGUUGAGUUUAAAAUAUUGAAACAUUGUUGCACGCUUCGACAUCCUUUAAUUACACAUGAAAGUAACAGUUUUCUCCUCUGAAAUAUCCAUGAGGGAUGCGGUCUUAUUUUAUCACUCCUAAAGCAGUGAAGUACUGCUACUUUUGUGGCCAUAUUGUAGCCAACGUCUACUACUAGUCUUCCAGCCUACUAGGGAAGUUGGGGUUGCUGUCGUUGUCUGUUUUGUUUUAAAGUGACAGGAAAGACCGCACGCUGUAAAACAUUCAGCCCGGAUCGAAUCGACGCGAUGAUUCCUGAAUGUCCCCGGAGCCGAGAGACAAGGAGCCGAACGCGGUGCCACUAUGGCCAGGUAGCCGAACCAAACCAGAACUGUUUUGGGCUACUUUCCGAGAUCAAAACUCUUAUCAAGAAUGAACCAUUCACUGACCACUACGCCAUCAUUCCGGGCAAAGAACUUGGCAGGGGGAAGUUCGCCGUGGUGAGGAAGUGUGUGGAGAAGUGCACGGGGCAGGAGUACGCCGCCAAGUUCAUGAGGAAGAGGAGGAAGGGCCAGGACUGCAGGCUGGAGAUCAUCCACGAGGUGGCCGUUCUGGAGCUCGCCACGGCCAGCCAGCGGGUGGUCAACCUGCACCAGGUCUACGAGAUGGCCUCCGAGAUGGUGCUCGUCCUCCAGUUUGCGGCCGGAGGGGAGAUCUUUAACCAGUGUGUAGCGGAGAGGGACGAGGCCUUCAAAGAGGAGGACGUUAAGAGGCUGUUGAGACAGAUCCUAGAGGGAGUCUCCUUCCUCCACAGGAACAACGUGGUGCACCUGGACAUCAAGCCCCAGAACAUUCUGUUGACCUGCGAUGGUCCUCUGGGGGACAUCAAGAUUGUGGACUUUGGUCUGUCCAGGAUGGUGAGCAGCAGUCAGGAGCUCAGAGAGAUCAUGGGGACCCCGGAGUAUGUGGCUCCAGAAAUCCUUAAUUACGAACCAAUUAGCACAGCAACAGACAUGUGGAGUAUUGGGGUGCUGACCUACGUGAUGCUGACAGGUACCUCUCCCUUCCUGGGGGAGGACAAGCAGGAGACCUUCCUCAACAUCUCCCAGAUCAACGUCAGUUACCAGGAGGACGAGCUGGAGCAUGUAGACCAGGCCGCCAUCGCCUUCAUCAAGCUCCUGCUCGUCAAAGAACCCCAGAACCGUGCCACGGCAGAAGAGUGCUUGCAGCACCAGUGGCUCCAGCCAAAAGAGAAAAGGGAAGCCGAGGCGACAGUAGAGGUGAAAGAGACUAUAAGCCCCACCAAGUGCACCUCUGAUCCAACCAGCCCCGAGAGCCCCAUCAGGGGGGAUGAGGAGGAAGGCCCCGAAACUGAGGAGCUGAUCGUGAUGGCGGCCUACACACUGGGCCAGUGCCGCCAGUCAACAGACAAGGAGGUCAUGACCCCCGACCAGAAGGCCAUCUCCAAACGCUUCAAGUUCGAGGAGCCCUUCAGCGCCCUCCAAGAGGUUCCUGGAGAAUUCAUCUACUGAAGGACUCACACACACACAUCUCAUCCUCUACACUAGGUGGUCCUGGAGAGCUAGUGGUGGUGUUGGGUCUCCCUUCUGCCCUUCACUGACACACCAGAUAAUUCAGAUCGUCACGGCCCUGAUUAGUUGCUUAGUAGAAUCAGGUGCAUUAGUGAUGGGUUGGAGCCAAAGCCUGCACCAACCAGUAGCUCGCAAAGAACCUGGGUGGAAAAACUCCUGCUCUUACAUCUAGGGAAAAGCAGUUAAAAACAUUGCACUUACAAACCACAAGAAACAUCUCACACUUUUCUAACCCACCUCACGGUCUGAAUUCUUAAACCAAACAGUUUUUUUGUCCCUUUUUCAUAUACAUCCUGACGUUUCUCUAGACUAAGCCUUGUUGUGACGUAACUCCAGACUGAGCCUUCUGUGACGUUAUUCCAGACUAAGCCUUGUUGUGACGUUACUCCAGACUAAGCCUUGUUGUGACGUUACUCCAGACUAAGCCUUGUUGUGACGUUAUUCCAGACUGAGCCUUGUUGUAAUAUUACUCCAGACUAAGCCUUGUUGUGACAUUACUCCAGACUAAGGCCUGUUGUGGCGUUACUCCAGACUGAGCCUUCUGUGACGUUAUUCCAGACUAAGCCUUGUUGUAAUGUUACUCCAGACUAAGCCUUGUUGUGAAGUUAUUCCAGACUAAUCCUUGUUGUGACGUUUCUCCAGACUAAGCCUUGUUGUGACGUUACUCCAGACUAAGCCUUGUUGUGACGUUACUCCAAACUAAGCCUUGUUGUGACGUUUCUCCAAACUAAGCCUUGUUGUGACGUUUCUCCAGACUAAGCCUUGUUGUGACGUUUCUCCAGACUAAGCCUUGUUGUGACGUUUCUCCAGACUAAGCCUUGUUGUGACGUUUCUCCAGACUAAGCCUUGUUGUGACGUUUCUCCAGACUAAGCCUUGUUGUGACGUUUCUCCAGACUAAGCCUUGUUGUGAUGCUUUAUUUUCUUUUUUCUUUGGUGCCUUGCUGGGAGAAUUAGAGAUGGAAUUGCAUCUUUUUUGUCCAUGUUUUGUCUGCCUUGUAUUUUCUUUAUGUUUAAGGUUAUAGAUAUCUACUGUACGGUGAAAGGGGGGGUUAAUUAUAUAUAUAUAUAAAAACAUUAUGUUGAUUUAAGAGUACGUCUCGAAAUAAUUCUGUUGAAAAAGCCAUUGCACACGUUUGACCCAGAACUGAAAACAUCCCAUGCAUCUCAAAUAUGCAUCUCAAAUAUGCAUCUCAAAUAAUUGACACUUGUAUAUGCAGAGAGCGCUUGGUUUUCUUUCCUAAUUCCCAAAUAAUAGGCAUAGUCUCCAUCAAACAAGAAGCUUCUUAUUAUGGGAUGUUCUACUGUAAAUAAAGAUAUAUCUCUUAAACCUU